GCAUUUCUUAUAGCCUCGACGCUGCCCGCGUUGUCGUCGAAGAUGUCGAGACGGAGCAUUCUCCGAGGCAUUUGCAACGCCGGCUUUGCCUCGUCGGUCUCGCCGGCCGGAACUUCACCGCGGUGGCGCUCGUGUUCCACGCGGAGGUUCGCGGCUUUAUGGGGCAAUGGUGAUUACGGAAGGCUGGGGCUUGGAAACUUGGAGUCUAGGUGGAAGCCUACUCCUUGCUCCUUUUUUGACAGGGACGACGACCCUCCGGUUGCUAUCUCAUGCGGCGGUGCUCACACGCUCUUCUUGACCGAAACUGGUCGGGUUUUUGCUACCGGUUUGAACAACUUUGGACAAUUAGGAACAACAUCUGCAAAGACGCAUAUCCUAGAACCUUUCCAGAUUUCUGGGUUGCCUGAAAAAGUUGUGCAGAUCUCUGCUGGUUACCAUCAUUCUGCUGCUGUCACUGAGGAUGGGAGACUCUUCAUCUGGGGGAAUAACUCCUGUGGACAGCUUGGUCUUGGAAAGAGGGCGAAAAGUGUAGUCUCUACACCUACCAGGGUUGACUCCUUGGAUGGUAUCCAUAUUAAAAUGGUUUCAUUAGGCUCUGAGCAUUCAAUUGCUGUCACAGAUGAAGGUAAUGUGCUGAGUUGGGGGUCUGGUGGCGCUGGGAGACUUGGUCAUGGUCAUCAAUCCAGAAUUUUGGGAUUCUCGUUUAGCUCAAGUGAAUAUAUGCCAAGGCUGAUCAAGAAUUUGGAAGGCCGUAAGAUCAACAAGGUUUCUGCUGGAAUGCUGCACUCGGCUUGCAUUGAUGAGCAAGGUUCUGUUUUUACAUUUGGUGAAAAGGCUGCUGAUGUGCUGGGUUUCAGUGAAGGAAAGAAGGUUUCUGAACCAUCUGCUGUUGAGAAACUUCCACGCUCUGUGGAAGUUGCCUGUGGGGGUUAUCACACUUGUGUUGUGACAAAUGAUGGGGAACUGUAUGCAUGGGGCUCAAAUGAGAAUGGAUGCCUUGGUCUUGGUUGCACUGAUGUGAUACGUUUGCCGCAGAUGGUUGAAAGUUCCUUUUUAAAAGCACCAGUAUAUGAGGUAUCUUGUGGUUGGAAGCACACUGCUGUUGUCUCUGAUGGAAAUAUCUUCACGUGGGGCUGGGGAGGUGCAAAUGGCACUUUUUUUGAAGAGGGACAUUCCUCCGGCGGACAAUUGGGACAUGGAAACGAUUUUGAUUAUUCCCUACCAAUGGUGUUAGAUCUUGGCAGGAAUGUGCAGGCUUUACAUGUGUCUUGUGGAUUUAAUCACAGUGGUGGAAUAUUUGAAUACAGUGAAAAUUGAGAUUGGUUACCUACCAAAACUUACCUGUGCUGUUAAUAUUAUUUAUUCAUUUGUACAUCCAUGGUAUAAUAAUUAUACUGUGUCACUAUAUAUUUUUUAUAUGCCUUGUGUUUGUGGCAAAGAAACUCAUCUAUUGUGUAUGGCCAUAAGGCCACAGAAGGAUCUCUCUCUCUCUCUCUUGUAUGGACAUGCAAAUAUAUAUAUAUUCUGCUAAUUAAUAUCUUACUCAUUAAUUGUAAAAAGAUAAA